AUGUCCGACACCCCCGGCACAUCUGCCGGAACGGGAGCAGAGGACUACGAGCAUCCCAUCUCCCAUGAAGACUUCCGGCAGCUAGGUUACAAGAUGAUAGAUGCCAUUGUAGACUAUAGAUCAAACAUUGAAAAGCACCCUGUUCGUUCAGAAGUCGCCCCUGGGUACCUGGCCGAGAAGCUCCCAGAAUCUGCCCCCACCCAGCCGGAAGGGCUGGAUGCCAUCCUGUCAGACGUGCAGACGCACAUCAUGCCUGGUAUCACCCACUGGCAGCACCCCAGCUUCUUCUCAUGGUAUCCAGCGAACUCUUCGUACCCUGCCCUCCUUGGUGACAUGCUGAGCUCGGCCCUUGGAGUCGUAGGGUUUGCCUGGAUAGGCUCCCCCGCCGCGACAGAACUUGAAACGGUGACGCUGGACUGGUUGGCCCGGUUCCUGCGCCUCCCAAACGCCUUCCUCUCCACCGGCACCACGGGCGGCGGCGGCGUGAUCCAGGGCACCGCCUCCGAGGCGGCCCUGGUGGCGCUGCUGGCCGCGCGCGCGCGGCCGCUGGACGGCCGUGACCCCGGCGCGGACGGCCCUCGCCUUGUCGCCUACACCACCGACCAGGCUCACUCCUGUGUGAAGAAAGCGUGCGCGGUGGCGGGCAUCCAGCACCUGCGCCUGCUCCCCACCAGCGCCGAGCGGGGUUGGGCGCUGGACCCCGCGACCUUGGAGGCCGCCAUGACCGCCGACGAGGGCCAUGGGCUGAUGCCCUUCUUCCUCACCACCCUCAUCGGCACCACCUCCUCCGCGGCCGUGGACCCCGUGGCCGAGCUGGCGGCGGUCGCCAGGAGGCAUGGCGCAUGGGUGCACGUCGACGCGGCCUACGCCGGGGUCUUUGCUUGCCUGCCCGACCAGCACGACCUCUACUUCCAGGGGCUGGAGGGCGUGGAUUCCUUCAGCACUAACCCCCACAAGGGCAUGCUGGUGACAUUUGACUGCUCGGCCCUGUGGGUUCAGAACUCGUUCUGGCUGCGCACCGCGCUCUCCCUGGAGCCGCAGUUCCAGUUUGCGGGGCUGCGGCAUGCUGCCGAGCACCUCGACUACAAGGACUGGCAGGUGCCCCUGGGUCGGCGGUUCCGCGCCCUCAAGCUCUGGUUUGUGCUCCGCAUGUAUGGGACGGAGCGUCUCCAGGCCUACCUCCGCCACCACCUGGACAUGGCCAAGGCGCUGGCGCAAUUGGUCGAGGCCGACCCCGCCUUUGACAUCAUCGCCACCCCCCGUUUCGGCCUGGUCUGCUUCGCCCCCCGCGGCGCUAGCGAGGAGGAAAGCACGGCGCUGCUGGAGCGCGUCAACGCGUCGGGGCGCACCUUCAUGGUGCACACCCGGCUCGGCGGGCGCCACGUCUGGCGCCUGGCCGUGGGUGGAGUGCACACCCAGUGGCGGCAUGUGGAGGAGGUCUGGGCGCUCGUGCAGAAGGUCGUGGGCGGCGGCGAGGCCUAG